CGUACACUGGUCUUUUAAACACUUGUCUGAGGCUGGCUGAGAAGGAAGGUUUCUAAAGACGACAGGAGCCUGAAGCACUGUCUCUCAGAUGACGAGCACAGCAGUCAUGAGUGAGACCAGGAAGCACUCCUUGGAAAACAGCCUCCGGCAGCUAAAAUGCCAUUUCACCUGGAACUUGGUGGAGGAAGAAGAUUCCUGGGAUGAUUUUGAAUACAGAGUGUGUAAUGAGAAAAUGGUCCAGACCAGUGUAUUCAAAACUACAGCAUACAACAUGUUGGCCUACAUAAAACACCGCAGAGGUCAAAAUGAGGCUGCGCUGGAAUGCUUACAGCAAGCUGAAGAGUCAGUCCAGCAAGAGCAUGUUGACCAAGCAGAAAUCAGAAGUCUAGUGACCUGGGGAAACUAUGCCUGGGUCUACUAUCACCUGGGCAGACUCCCAGAAGUGCAGGUUUAUGUUGACAAGGUGAAACAGGUGUGUGAGAAGUUUUCUAGUCCCUAUAAAAUUGAAAGUGCUGAGGUGGACAGUGAGGAAGGAUGGACCCGGCUAAAGUGUGGUGAAAAUAAAAAUUCAUGGGCCAUGGUGUGUUUUCAAAAGGCCCUUGAAAAGAAGCCAAAUAACCCAGAAUUCACUUGUGGACUUGCAAUUGCAACCUACCGCCUGGAAGACAGUCCUCCUACUGAAAGUUCUGUUGACUCUCUUAUACAAGCUGUUCAAUUGAAUCCCUACAACCAGUAUAUUAAAAUACUUCUGGCUCUGAAACUUCAGGAUAUUAAUAAAGAAGGUGAAGGAAAGAGGCUUGUUGAAGAAGCCUUAGAGAACGGCCCAUGUGCCCCAGAUGUGCUUGAACGUGCAGCCAAAUUUUAUCGAAACAUGUGGGACAUGGAUAAAGCUAUAGAUCUUCUUGAAAGGGCUUUAGAAGACACACCAAGUAAUACCCAACUGCAUUACAAUAUUGGGCUCUGCUAUAGAUCAAAAGUCCUUCAGAUAGUCAUGGGAGACAGUAAGAUGUAUCGGGGAAGUGAGAAGUUCAAGUACCUAUUAAGACAAGCUAUAAGUCAUUUUAAAAAAGCUCAUGGAAGAAGUAAAAAUCUUUCCUGGGUCAAUAUGUAUCUUGCUGGCCUCUAUGCAAUAGCAGGUGAAUAUGAAGAAGCAGAUCAUUAUUAUCAACAAGAGUUCAGCAAAGAGCUUACUCCUUUAGCCAAACAAAAGCUCCAUAUACAAUAUGGCAGCUUUCAGUUCCAUCAAAUGAGGUGUGAAGAUAAGGCCAUCCACCACUAUAUGGAGGGUGUGAAAAUAAACCAUGAAUCAAAGGAAAAAGAAAAGAUGAAAAGCAAACUGCAGAAAAUUGCUCAAUAUAGGUGUAAAGCAAAUAGAAUGGAUUCUCAGACUUUGGAACUUUUGGAAUUCCUCCAGCAGUAUAAUGAACAAAAGCAGUUACCAAUAACCUGCUCUGAGAAUGUUAUGGACUCUGAAAGCCUUGGUCCUUUAGCAUUUUUAUCUGAGAAUUGAGGAACUGUAAUACAAUGUCUCCAGGACAGGUGGAAGGAAGCUUGAACUCUUCCAGUCAGUAACAUUCAAGUAUUUGAGUGAUUUGGCAAAGAGGUGAACCAAAGUCCAGAUAAAGAACUGGAUUUGGAUUAUGGAGGAACUCUAAUGGGCCAAGUAUUAGCUUGACUUUUGCUUGGGAGUACUAGAAGACCCAUUUUUUGGCAACUACACAUUAAUAAAUCUUAUAAUACUAUAUACAGGAUAAUGAAUAUAGAUAACAAUAUCAUUAUAGCAUCAGUUAGUUAAGAAAAACUAGAUCUUAAUUACUCCCACCUGAACAAAAAAUCUAGUUACUUGCCUUUGUAGAGGUGUUAUCAUCACAGUGGCAACUGUAUCACAGUACAGAAAUGUACAAAAUCACAUAUAAUAUAUUCUGGAAAAUGUAUAAUCUAUGAAAAAAAUUUUAAUGCAUUUAAGUAUAGGAUAACUUUUUUUUAUUAUUGCUUUCGGUGUAAACCCAGCAGUGUUCAGGUAAGAGUUAGCUUCUCCUGGCUCUUUUCUCAGGGAUCACUCCUGAAAGUCUUAGGGAACCAUAUGUGGUGUAGGGGAUCGAAUCCAGAUCUAUCACGUGUAAGUAAAGCACCUUACCUGCUGUACUAUCUUCUCUCUGGCCAAAGCACAGAUUGUUAUGUGAAUUUAAAUAUUAUAUAAAAGUCAAUGUUUUUACUUAUAACAACUGUAACAAAGUUUUCAUGUAUUUUAAUUAAAACUAAUGCUAGAUACA